AGUUAAAAUUCAAGAUUUUGUUUUUCACACUAUUCGCUGCGAUUCACAAUUCACGAAACACCAAAAGAUGGAGAAAGCGAUCAACAGACAGAAAGUUCUGCUUCAACAUCUCAACCCUACAUCGAUCUACGCCAACGGUUCAUCAUCAUCCCUCUAUGCUUCAGUGUGUUUGGCGGGAGAUACUGCUGCUUAUCCAAGGACGGCUGCCUUUGGGGACGAUGUAGUGAUUGUGGCUGCAUAUCGGACUGCUCUUUGCAAAUCUAAACGUGGUGGUUUCAAAGACACUCACGCUGAUGAUCUGCUUGCCCCUGUUUUGAAGGCUGUAAUAGAGAAAACCAACUUGAACCCAAGUGAAGUUGGUGACAUUGUUGUGGGUACUGUAUUGGCACCUGGAUCUCAAAGAGCUAGUGAAUGCAGAAUGGCUGCUUUUUAUGCUGGUUUUCCUGAAACUGUGCCUGUUAGGACAGUUAAUAGGCAAUGUUCCUCUGGGCUCCAGGCUGUUGCCGAUGUAGCUGCAGCUAUAAGGGCUGGAUUCUAUGACAUUGGUAUUGGUGCUGGUUUGGAAUCUAUGACAGCUAAUCCAAUGGCAUGGGAAGGAUCAGUGAACCCCAAAGUUAAAAUGUUUGAACAAGCCCAAAACUGCCUUCUACCGAUGGGGGUUACCUCCGAAAAUGUAGCACAGCGCUUUGGGGUUUCAAGGCAGGAACAAGAUCAGGCUGCGGUUGAGUCUCAUAGGCGAGCUGCUGCCGCAACUGCUUCUGGUAAAUUUAAAGAAGAAAUUGUCCCAGUUUCCACCAAGAUUGUGGACCCAAAAACUGGCGAGGAGAAAUCUGUCACCAUUUCCGUUGAUGAUGGAAUUCGACCAAACACAACGUUGUCUGAUCUUGGGAAGCUUAAGCCUGUGUUCAAGAAAGAUGGAAGCACCACUGCUGGUAAUUCUAGCCAGGUAAGUGAUGGUGCCGGCGCAGUUCUGCUGAUGAAAAGAAGUGUUGCAGUGCAAAAGGGGCUACCCAUCCUUGGUGUAUUCAGAACUUUCGCUGCAGUUGGUGUGGAUCCUGCCAUCAUGGGUGUUGGCCCAGCUGCUGCGAUUCCAGUUGCUGUGAAGGCUGCAGGUCUAGAGCUUGAUGAUAUUGACCUUUUUGAAAUCAAUGAGGCAUUCGCAUCCCAGUUCGUAUAUUGCCAGAACAAGCUAGGGCUUGAUCCAGAAAAGAUCAAUGUUAAUGGAGGUGCAAUGGCAAUUGGGCAUCCUCUGGGUGCAACAGGUGCUCGAUGUGCAGCAACUCUAUUGCAUGAAAUGAAGAGACGUGGCAGGGACUGUCGAUUUGGAGUUAUAUCUAUGUGCAUAGGUACUGGAAUGGGGGCAGCUGCUGUUUUUGAGAGAGGUGAUUGUGUUGAUGAGCUUUGCAAUGCCAGAAAAGUGGACAACCUUCUUUUAUCCAAGAAUGCUCGCUAGAAUUAGUUACUUCUUACUCACUUUAUUUGGUCAUCAAUUAAGAAAUCAAAAUAAAGCUUUGUUACAUGGUAGUGAAUCACUACUCAAGAAUUCAAUACUUUAUAUUUAUCGGACUCAUUAGUUUGUGAGCUAUUCUUGUUUUGACCUUACCAGCAGAAUCUGUGUUGGGUAGAAAACUAGUAUUUUGUAUCAAA